AUGGUUCCAUUCACUUUAUUGACUUUGUUUAUAAUCACUCCUUAUUUAGUAGAAGGUGUCCAUACACCAUACCUUAGAUAAUUUGAAAAUGUAGGAUAUUUUUGUGCAUAUUGGAUUAUUUUAGGAGUCGCUUCUUCUAUAGGUUUAGGAACUGGAUUACAUACCUUUGUUUUAUAUCUAGGUCCUUGGAUUGCAAAAGUCACAAUGGUUGCUUAUGAUUGUAAAUCGAUUCCUAAAAUGAUUCCUAGUAAAUGGAAUUUUUAGAAAUUUGACGAUUGCCCAGAAAAAGUUGAAUAGCCUGUAACAUUUUUAGAUAUCUUACUUUCAGUUUAAUUAGAAGCCUUUUUAUGGGGAUUAGGAACUGCAAUCGGUGAGUUGCCUCCAUAUUUUGUUGCAAAAGCAGCAAGAGCAAGUUAGAAAAAAAAUUAAGAAUUAGAAGAAGUUGAAGCACAUAAAGAUGAUAAGGAUAUUGUCUCCAUUUUAAAAAGAGCUAUUUAUAAUAACCUUUAAAAAUAUGGAUUUAUAACAGUUUUAUUAUGUGCUUCUAUACCUAAUCCAUUAUUUGAUUUAGCAGGUAUUUUUAUACAUAAUCGCAUUCUAAAUUUAAAUAGGUAUAACAUGUGGACAUUUUGGUAUUCCUUUUCUAACUUUUUUUAUUGCUACUGCAAUUGGAAAAUCAAUAAUAAAAGUUCAUAUUCAAAUGAUUUUUGUGAUAUUUGUUUUUUCUGAAAAAUAUGUUGAUUUAUUAUUGCAAUUUUUAGAAUCUAAUUUACCAUUUUUCAAACAUAAUCUUAGUGAAAUGUUAUAAAAAUAAAGAAAAAUGUUGCAUUCACCAUAUGUUCCUGAUGAAAAUAAACCUUUUAUUGGAUAACUUUGGGAUUAUUUUAUAUUUUUCAUGAUUGUUUAUUUUGUUAUUUCUAUUGUUAAUUCUUUA